AAAGCAUCCAACUUUGACGCUUCCUGAACCUCAACAUCUCCAGCAAGACUGUGUCCGUCCCCGAGCUUUAUCCUAGCCAUCUUCCGAAUACUCGGGUAUGGACCCCCUGACGGCACUUUCCACCGCGGCCGCCGUGGUUCAGUUUGCCGACUUCGGCUACCGACUCGUAAAAAACGCGCAUGAACUGUACACGUCUCCACAAGGCCAAAAGUCCAAACACAUCGAGCUCUCCAUCGUGUCCCACGACCUUUCCCGCCUCGCCGAUGCCGUUGAGGCUAAACUCGGCGAUAAUGAAGGGCCGGGGGGAGAGGUUCUCCGUCUGUGUCGCGAAUGCGCGUCGACCAACCACGAGCUCCAGGAAAUACUCGGAAAACUCAAAGCCCGAGGAAAGACCAAGGUCGCCCUGGCUGUGGAUAGUUGGCGGGUUACCCUCAAGCAGGUCGCAACCGCUGACAACAUUGAGAAACUGGCAAACCGCCUGAAUCUGAUCCGACAGCAAAUGAACGUAGCGCUGCUGUACCUGUUGCUUGACGAAGCCGGGAAAAAUGGAAUAGAGUUGCGCCAGUUUGUGAAGCAACAAGCCGAUAUGAUUGCCACCCUAGAUCGUGUUGACAGCACUACCAAGCAAUUCAGCACGGGUAUUAUGGGCCUCGUCGAUAAAUGGCCUGCCGACAAUCAGGCCGAGGUUGAUGAGAUGGUGCGCUACGUGCUGAGCGACAAGUGGAACGGAAGUGAAUAUGCAAAACGAACCCUGCUCGACAGGAACUCGGAAGACGCCGACAAGCUCGACAAAGUGUGCCAGAGUCUAUAUUUCGAGUCCAUCAGCUACCGCGAGACAAGCAUCCCCAAGCGGCACGCGGCCACCUUCGAAUGGAUAUUCCACGACCCACGGACAUCGGAAGAUGGUGAUCCCCUCUGGUCGAACUUCCCGCAAUGGUUACGGGAGGAUUCCCGGGAUAUUUAUUGGAUUACAGGCAAACCAGGUGCCGGGAAGUCCACGCUGGUCAAAUUCUUUGCCCAGGACCCAAGGUUUGAACAGCUCCUUCGAACUUGGGCGGCCGGGUCCCAGCUGCUCGUUGCUCGCUUUUUUUCCUGGACUUCCGGUGCGAACAAACUCCAAAAGUCCCACGAGGGACUUUUUAGGACUCUCCUCCUUGAGGCCAUCCAGCAGCGACCUCAGCUGGCCAUCGAUAUCUUCCCUGCUCGCUGGUUUCUUCUCCAGUCCUUCGAUGGAAACGUGAAAUUGCCGGCCCCGACGAUGGACGAGCUGGUGGUGGGUUUCCGGAACCUCCUCCGUGGGACCGGCGAAAAGUUCAAGCUGGCUCUCCUCAUUGACGGUCUUGACGAGUUUGACGAGGACCAUGACAAGCUGGUCCAAAUACUUCGCGACGCCAAUGCAGCCGCCGGGGUUAAGGUCUGCGCCAGUAGUCGACCAUGGAAUGUCUUCAGGGAUGCGUACGGCAACAAUCCCAUGCUGCGGCUCGAGAACCUUACCCGAGAAGACAUCCAGUCGUUUGUCAAGGAGCAACUCGAGCUCAGCCCGGGCUAUCACGAGUUCGCCGCCACCAGCCCGCAAGUUGCUCGCAAGAUCAUCGAUGAUAUUGUCGACAAAGCACAGGGCGUUUUUCUCUGGGUAUCCGUCAUUUCCGGAUUGCUAGAAGCUGACUUCCGGGAAGGGGCCGGCAUCUCGGCCUUACAAGCAGUCAUCGAUAGGCUUCCAAGCGAGGUUGCCGACUUGUUCCGAUACAUCUGGGACCGAACCAGCAAACGGUUCCGCGCCGAGGCGUCGCAGUUCUUCCAGGUCAUGAACGCUUCCCAGGAUCACAACAUAACUUUGGCUGCCACGACCCUUUGGUUUGGGGAUAGGGAGAUCCCCAUCGACCUCGAUGCCACUGCAGUCACCAACAAAUAUUUAACAAGCGCCACGAAAUCGUUGGAACGGAAACUGAUGAGCCGCACCGGAGGCUUGUUGGAGCUGGUGCACAGCGAGAGCCUAUGGGGACGACAGCUUCACGUGGAGUUCAUGCACCGGACAGCCAACGAUUGGGUUCGCGAGAAUUGGGCAAGCAUCACCUCGGCGACCGACCCUGACUUUGACGCUCGCUUCUGGAUUGUCAAGGGCGCAGUUCUGACCAAAUCGGUCACGCCCAAGCCACUUAAACACUACCAUGAUGUCAACGGCUUGCUUUUGGCCGUACUCCGUCUUGCUUCUGGUUUUCCGGCUGACCACCCGGAUAUGGGGAACGUCAUGAUUCUUCUUGACCGGCUCAAUUCCCACAAGUUCAUGGCCAGACGCCACGCAAUUACGGACCUACAUACCGCUGGUAUGAAACUGGAGAGAACUCUAGACACAAUGGUCUCUAAGGACAACAACAUGCUCGAAAUUGCCGCCUUGGUUCCUAUUCCCGUAUAUUUAAAGCAGCAGGUUCACCAGGAUCCCGGCUUGUUCUCAUCCCCAGGCCUCUAUUCAAGACUGCUAAACAACAUCAUAUUCGGUGAAGUCUUGUAUCCGGACCAGACAGAGGCGCGGCUGCAACUCUUGGGCUUCCUAACGCAAGAGAAAUAUCGCCCUCUGUUCGACCGGGUUGGCAUGACCAAGCCUACGAUGGAACACGUGAAGAUACUUGCCGGCCUGGCCCCCAAGAACACAGACAUACACACCUUCUCGAUAGACGUACUACGCAUACUCGAAUCCCGGGUUGCUUUAGACCGCCGCAAUCGCUUGUCAAAACGGGUGGGAGAAUUUCGGGUUUCUCUCGGGGAAAUAUUUAGGCGCAAGGAGAGCUGAUGGAUUCGGAUUUGGGGGCGUU